UCUUCUCACUAAAAUGACUUUAUUUUUUUACCACUCUAUCACUCUCUCAAAUUUCAAAAUUUCAAAAAUCCAUAAACCCUAAACCCCUCUCUCUCUCUCUCUCACUCUCACUCUCAAAUGUUCUCUCCGGGAACAAAGAGAGGCAAUUUGAGCUCGAAAAGAGAGCGAAAUGUAGUGCAGAAGAGUCUGCUCCCUAAAAUCGAAUCUCCGAUCACUCCUCACCGCCGACCCCUUAUUGACAAUUCCGUUCCGGAUCGCCCCUCCACCGGCACCCCUGCUCCUUGGGCUCCUCGCCUUUCCGUCUUCGCCAGAAUUCCAGCAGUGAACAGAAGUGAUAAUGCAGAUGCUAUCAAGCCUGUAUAUGUUGGAGAGUUCCCUCAAGUGGUUCGCGAUGAACAGGCCAGUUGGCUGCAACAGCGUGUUCCUGAUGAUGCAUGUAUAUCUGGUGGAAUGGAAAAGGGAACAUCUCUUGCUUGGAUUAUCUGUGGAAAUAGACUCUUCAUUUGGAGUUACUUAUCACCUGCAGCUUCAACAAAAUGCAUUGUUCUUGAACUUCCUUCAGAUGUAUCAGAAAAUGGAAGCAUUGGCAGUAAUGACCGGAACAGUUGGUUGCUUUGUGUUGUCAAUUGGGAUAGCACAUCUAGGAGAACAAAGAAAGUUGUGAAACAUUGCAACUCUGCUGGUAUUGUUUUGUGUAACCAAAAAACUCGAGCGAUUAUAUACUGGCCUGACAUCUAUUCUGAAGGGAGAACUGAUCCUAUUACCAGUUUUGCAUCUUCUGAUGAAUUGGAAGUGACUUCUUCACUUGUUGAUGGAAAGGCCACCCCAAACAGGCACAAACAACCUAUUAGGCUUGGAAGUAGUUUGGCUGGAUCAAGUACACUGAGCUCUUUGAUUGCUUCUGCAGUCCCUAAUUCCCAGCACAUCUGUGUUGCCUUUGCAUGUGGUUCAAAUGGUGAGCUUUGGCAGUUUUACUGCAGUCCCACUGGCAUUCACUGUAAGAAAGUAUAUGACAAUAUACUGAACUUAUCCUCUCAAGUGGGUGAUAGUGGUCAACUUAUAGAGAGCAAGGGGUAUCCAAGGUCACUAACUUGGCGUUUUUCACAUGUUUCUCCUGAGGAAUCUAAUAGACAGUUUUAUCUGUUGACUGAUCAUGAGAUACACUGUUUCAGUGUUAAUCUGAAUCCUGAAAUACACAUUUCAAAGCUCUGGUCCCAUGAAAUUAUUAGCACAGAUGGUGAUUUGGGGAUUAAGAAGGAUCUAGCUGGUCAGAAGCGAAUAUGGCCUCUUGAUGUGCAGGUAGAUGAUCACGGAAAAGUGAUUACCAUUCUGGUUGCCACCUUCUGUAAGGACCGGGCUAGUGGUUCAAGCUACACACAGUAUUCUCUUCUAACCAUGCAGUAUAAAUCUGGGAUGAGUAUAGAGCCAACACAUGAAAGAGUUCUAGAGAAAAAAGCUCCUAUCCAGGUAAUAAUCCCAAAAGCAAGAGUAGAGGAUGAGGAUUUCUUGUUCUCCAUGAGACUUCGGGUAGGGGGCAAGCCUUCAGGAUCAGCAAUCAUACUGUCAGGUGAUGGAACGGCAACAGUAUCUCAUUAUUAUCGAAAUGCAACAAAGCUCUAUCAAUUUGACCUGCCUUAUGACGCUGGAAAAGUUUUAGAUGCUUCAGUUCUUCCUUCUUCGGAUGAUGUUGAAGAAGGGGCGUGGGUUGUAUUGACUGAGAAAGCAGGAAUAUGGGCAAUACCUGAAAAGGCUGUUGUACUUGGUGGAGUUGAACCGCCUGAACGAAGCUUGUCACGUAAGGGGAGCUCAAAUGAAGGAUCUACACAAGAAGAAAGAAGAAACCUCACAUUUGCGGCUGAUAUUGCUCCUAGAAGGGCAAGUUCUGAAGCAUGGGAUGCUGGAGAAAGACAAGCUGGGGGUUUUACUGGGAUUGCACGUCGAACUGGCCAAGAUGAAGAAUCAGAAGCUCUGCUGAGUCAUCUUUUCCAUGAUUUUCUAUCAUCUGGGCAGGUUGAUAGCUUGCUGGAAAAGCUAAAAAGUUCUGGGGCAUUUGAAAGGGAUGGGGAAACAAAUGUUUUUGCGCGGAUGAGCAAAUCAAUUGUAGACACCUUAGCUAAACACUGGACAACAACCAGAGGUGCUGAGAUUUUGGCUAUGGCUGUUGUGUCUACCCAACUCAUGGACAAGCAGCAGAAGCAUACAAAAUUUCUCCAGUUUCUUGCGUUAUCCAAAUGCCAUGAGGAGCUGUGUUCUAGACAGAGAUAUUCCUUGCAAAUUAUCUUGGAACAUGGUGAAAAGCUAGCUGGGAUGAUUCAACUGAGAGAACUGCAAAAUGUGAUUAGCCAGAACCGUUCAAUUGGAGUUGGCUCCUCCCAUUCUAGUGCAGAAAUUCAAAUGUCAGGUGCUCUUUGGGAUCUUAUUCAAUUAGUUGGGGAGAGAGCUCGCCGAAAUACUGUUCUUCUGAUGGACAGAGAUAAUGCCGAGGUAUUCUACAGUAAGGUUUCUGAUCUUGAAGACAUAUUUUAUUGCCUAGACAGACAUCUUGAUUAUGUAAUAAGUAUAGAGCAGCCGCUUGGCAUUCAGAUCCACAGAGCUUGUGAGCUCUCAAAUGCUUGUGUUACUAUAAUUCACGAGGCCAUGCACUACAGAAAUGAUAAUCACUUGUGGUAUCCACCACCUGAGCACUUGACACCAUGGUAUUGUCAACCUGUAGUACGUAAUGGGCUUUGGAGCAUUGCUUCCUAUAUGCUUCAGCUAUUCAAUGAAGCAUCUGGAAUUGAUAUGUCUGCAAAAUCUGAUUUAUAUACUCAUCUGGAAGUACUGACCGAAGUUCUACUAGAGGCAUAUGCUGGUGCUGUCACAGCCAAGGUCGACCGUGGUGAAGGACACAAAGGUCUAUUAGAUGAGUAUUGGAAUAGGAGGGAUACACUCCUUGAUUCCCUUUAUAAGCAGGUCCUAGAUUAUGUCGAAGGCAGGCAUCGGGAUCUAAAUGAAGACGAGAAAAAGGAAGAAAUCCUUCGGAAGCUUUCUUCACGUUUGCUGUCCAUUGCAAAACGGCAUGAAUGCUACCGAGCUAUGUGGAGAAUAUGCUGUGACCUCAAUGAUUCAGUCCUGCUUAGAAAUCUUAUGCAUGAGAGCAUGGGACCUAAUGGAGGAUUCAGUUACUUUGUCUUUAAACAACUGUAUGAGCAGAGACAGUUUUCUAAGCUUUUAAGACUUGGGGAAGAGUUCCCAGAAGAGCUAUCUAUCUUUUUAAGACAGCAUGAGGAGCUUCUCUGGCUUCAUGAAGUGUUCCUAAAUCAAUUUUCGUCAGCUUCAGAAAUUCUUCAUACGCUAGCUCUCUCUCAUGAUGAGAGCUCUAUUUCAGCCACUGAAGUGGGGGCAGACCCUGAAAGUAUGAAUUUGGAACCAACAUUGGCAGACAGAAAGCGCUUUUUAAAUCUCUCAAAGAUAGCUGCAAGGGCAGCACCAGGUAAGAAUGCUGAUUCUGAGACGAAGUUAAAGCGCAUUGAGGCUGAUUUGAAAAUUCUGAAAUUGCAGGAAGAAAUAAUACAACUCCUCCCUCCUGACGAAGAGAAGCAAUGUGUUGAAAGGUGUCUCCUCCGUCCAGAAGGGCUUAUUAAGCUGUGCCUCAAAGGUCAAAAUGCAAAGCUCUCCUUGUGUGCCUUCGAUGUGUUUGCAUGGACCAGCUCCUCUUUUCGUAAGACCCACAGAAAUCUUUUGGAGGAGUGCUGGAAGAAUGCUGCCGAUCAGGAUGAUUGGAAUGAACUCUUUCAAGAAUCUACAGCUCAAGGGUGGAGUGACGAGGAAACGUUGCAGAAUCUGAGGGAAACUGUGCUCUUCCAGGCUUCCAGUAGAUGUUAUGGACUCGAUGCAGAAACUUUUGGAGAAGGCUUUGAUGAAGUUUUGCCUCUUAGACUAGAAAAUGUGGAGCCUCCAGUUUUUAGGGAUUCAAUUUCUUCAGUGGAGUCAAUACUGAUGCAGCAUAAGGAUUUCCCAGAGGCAGGCAAACUAAUGCUGACUUCUAUCAUGUUGGGGAGUGUUCAUGAUGAUACCAGACUAGAAGAGGGUCCUUCCCCAAUGGAAUAAUAUUGUUAAGAACGAUAAUUGUUAAUUGUCAGAAUAUUUUGUUAGGUCUAAUACAACUAACAAUCUUGUUGAUGUUUUGCUUUUCUUUUUCUUUUAUUUUUUUUAUUUACUACAAAGCAGGUAUUUUUACUCUUCUGAGUGGAAUAGCUGCCUCCUUCGAUAAGAAAAUACAUGUUUCUGUUU